AUGAAUCGUCAUUUGUUCUUAUUUGUCCUAUUAUUUGGAACUAUUCAUAGUCAAGUCACAUUUGAAUCAUUAUGCUCGCACGAUGUCGAAGUUGCCGGAAUGUCAUCUCUUGAUGGCAACGACGAAUUUGAAAUCGAUCUGUACGAAGGGCGAUUUCUAUCGGAUGAUACGAUUUUACUGGCAAUAAGACAAAAACGACAGAAUUACGGUAUCAGCGAAUUUGCUCUACGUGCUGUUGAUUACGAUGGAAACAUCGUUGGUCGAUUUGACGAUCAUCAAACGGGGAAUUUAGCUUUAAGACAUCAUACAUGUCCAAACGGUGCUAGCGUUAUUUAUCUCGAUCGAGCAGAAGCUCGUGGAUAUCGAGAAAUCCCAUUACAAUGGCGAGCAACUGGUAUUAGUCCGAAUUUAGAUGAAAUCAUUUUCCACGCUGACAUUGUUUCCAAUCGACAACUAUAUCGAGUGAAAUCAGCGCCUUUAAGACGACGUCUGGCAUCUGGACUGAUCGCGUACAAUGCAGAUCAAUCAAUUAAUAUCGAUUACUGUGGUGAAUCACAGGGAUGCUUAAUUGUUCCACAACAAUGUAAUAAUGAUGCCAAAUGUGAAUAUACACUUUCCUGGCAAGUUAUCAGUGAAGAUAAAGCCACUUUUCGUAUUGUCGCGCGAGCACAAGGUUUUGCUGGUGUAGGAUUUUCUAAAGAUGAAAAUCGGGGUGGUGAUCAAGUUGUACUCUGCACAAAAGAUGCUCAAGGACAUGUUUACGUACAUAACAUGUUUGUCGCUGUUCAAACUGCUCAGUACAUUUUACGCGGUCGACCAGCUUACGGUUUACAAGAUGUCGAUGGCUCUUCAAAUGCUACACAUAUCUUCUGUAAAUUCACACGUACUCUGUCGCCCUACACAGAAUCAUUCGCUGAAAAUGACGGACGAGUUCGUGAUGGAGUCGAUCGAGACAAAUUGGUAGACUUAAAGCAAGCUCAUUAUUUGUAUCCGAUCUAUUCAAACGAAGAUCUUAUGACUGCACAAGGAAUGCGUGUUCCCUUUCAAGAUAUUCCAAUUGUUAACAAUCAUCCUGUAAAUUUCGAACGUCGCAUCUGGCCAAAAUCACAUCCACAAGCAGGGUCACUCUUGGCUAAAGUUCAUGCAAUUUUGAAUAUCAUUGCUUGGGUUCUUCUUGCAUCAGCCGGUGUGAUGGUUGCUCGUUAUUUUGAUUCUGUUUGGCCAGACUAUGAACGACGCGUUGUUGUUGAUGGCAGUGGAACUGUCACAGGAGAAAAACUUCAACGACGAAGACGCGUUUCUUACUUUACUAUUCUUCCACCUCUAAUGUGUAUUGUUGCAAUUCUGACAUGGAUAGCAUUCUUGUGUAUUCUUUUUGAACUUAAUUGGAAAUGGACUUAUGGAACGCAUCAUAUGUGGCAUUCAAUUCUUGGUGUUAUUGUUCUUGUUUGUGCAUUCUUGGCUCCAAUUGUUGGCGUCAUGCGACCCACUGCCCGUACAAAACGUUAUUGCGUUUGGUAUUGGAUUCAUUGGCUUGUUGUUUCCUUAGCUCAUUGCCUUGCCAUUCCUGUCAUCUUUCUGGGUAUGGAUAAUCGACGAUUAGAUUUGUGGACAUGGUGCUCAUGGUUAUUAUUUGGCUGGUGUAUAUUCCAUUUUAUUGUUCAAUUGAUUUUCGAAAUUCAUGCUUGUUGCUAUGCUAGACAAGAAUACGAACGCUUUGAAGAUGGAGAAUAUUAUUCGGAAAAGAAUCCCGAUCAACGUAUUAGACGUGAACGUGCUCCUGGUGAUUCGUGGAAACCAGCACUUCUUGGCAUUUAUUUAUUUGUCACUUUAAUUGUCGUUAUUAUUCUUGUUAUCGCGGUUAUACUCUAUCAAGGUUAUUAG